AGCCUCAGUCAGCACUCACACUUUACAAACCAUCAGAUAGUACAUACAAAAGAUAUACCCCAUAACUGCUCUGACUGUGGGAAAAGCUUCAGUAGUAGCUCACACCUUGUUAGACAUAGGAUGAACCAUACAGAAGGGAAACCCUUCAGCUGCUCUGACUGCAAGAAAAGCUUCAGGCAGAAGUCAAACCUUGUUAACCAUAGGAGGACCCACACAGGAGAGAAACCUUUCAAUUGCUCUGUCUGUGGGAAAAACUUCAGUAGCAGCUCACACCUUGUUAGACAUAGGAUGAACCAUACAGAAGGGAAACCCUUCAGCUGCUCUGACUGCAAGAAAAGCUUCAGGCAGAAGUCAAACCUUGUUAACCAUAGGAGGACCCACACAGGAGAGAAACCUUUCAAUUGCUCUGACUGCGGGAAAAGCUUCCGUCAAAAUCCACAUCUUGUUAAACACAGGAGGACCCACACAGGAGAGAAACCUUUCAAUUGCUCUGACUGCGGGAAAAGCUUCCGUCAAAAUCCACAUCUUGUUAAACACAGGAGGACCCACACAGGAGAGAAACCUUUCAAUUGCUCUGACUGUGGGAAAAGUUUCAGUCGGAAGUCAAACCUUGUUACCCAUAAGAGGACCCACACAAGAAAGAAACCUUUCAGUUGCUCUGACUGUGGGAAAGACUUCAAUAGAAGUUUAGACUUUGUUGCCCAUAGGAGGAUCCACAUAAGAGAGAGACUUUUCAGUUGCUCUGACUGUGGGAAAAGCUUCAGGAAGAGCUCAAACCUUGUUAGACAUAGGAGGAGACACACAGGAGAGAAACCUUUCCAUUGCUCUGACUGUGAGAAAAACUUCAGUAGGAGCUCAGACCUUGUUAGACAUAGGAUGAACCACACAGGAGAGAAACCCUUCAGUUGCUCUGACUGCAGGAAAAGCUUCAUUAGCAGCUCAGACUAUGUUGCCCAUAGGAGGAGCCACACAGGAGAGAAACCUUUCAAUUGCUCUGACUGUGGGAAAAGCUUCAGUCGGAAGUCAAACCUUGUUACCCAUAAGAGGAUCCACACAAAGAAACGUUUCAAUUGCUCUGACUGUGGGGAAAACUUCAGUAGCAGCUCACACCUUGUUAGACAUAGGAUGAACCACACAGGAGAGAAACCCUUCAGCUGCUCUGUCUGCAAGAAAAGCUUCAAGCAGAAGUCAAACCUUGUUAAGCAUAGACGGACCCACACAGGAGAGAAACCUUUCAAUUGCUCUGACUGUGGGAAAAGCUUCAGUCAGUGCUCCUGCGUUACUAGCCAUCAGAUAAUCCAUACAAGUGAGUCACCUUGUAACAGCUCUGAUUGAAGCCUUUUCUGCAAACAGGUCAGACUUUGUUAAAUAUAAGACAACCCACAGAGGGAAGAAAACCCUUCAGUUGCUCUGACU